AUGGGUCGUAUGCACAGCAAAGGAAAAGGAAUUUCUUCCUCCGCCAUUCCAUACUCGAGAAACGUUCCAUCCUGGUUCAAGCUUUCCUCCGAGGAUGUUGUUGAGCAGAUUAUCAAGUACGCCAGAAAGGGUCUGACUCCUUCGCAGAUCGGUGUUAUUCUAAGAGAUGCCCACGGAGUCAACCAGGCCAAGGUGAUCACCGGUAACAAGAUUCUGAGAAUUCUCAAGUCGAACGGUCUGGCUCCAGAGAUCCCAGAGGACCUGUACUACCUGAUCAAGAAAGCUGUUUCCGUGAGAAAGCACUUGGAGAGAAACAGAAAGGACAAGGACUCCAAGUUCAGACUGAUUCUGAUCGAGUCCAGAAUCCACAGACUCGCCAGAUACUACAGAACUGUUUCUGUGCUGCCACCAACCUGGAAAUACGAGUCUGCCACUGCUUCUGCCCUGGUCAACUAG